GCGCGCGUUCGGGUUGAGGCAAGCGGAAAGGCGCGGUGUGCUGCCGCAUGCUGUGAGAACGAGAGGGGUCUACAUGGAGAACGAUCGCGUGGAUCAUGCCUUCGCGACGUGGAGGGAAUCCAUCUUCGCCAAGAAGCAACGCGUCCAUCAACUCGAUGUCGCCGAUGCGUAUUACGAUCUCUUGGGCCUCGUCAACGCAGUGACGACAUGGAAGAGGCAUUGGACACGCCAUCGGCAGCGGCGACGACGAGUCCCACGCAUUCAUCUGACGUUGUUUUACAGGUGGGUGCAAUAUCGAGACAUGCGCAGACGACGUCGUCUUCACCGCAUAUUUGCCGAACGCCAUGUGCGAGCUCGAUACCUAUGUCGUUCGUUUCGAGCAUGGAAAGUUACAAUGCAGAUUCGUUGCCUCCGUGUACAUUACUUGCUCCGUCGCAUGUUCCUGCUUUGGAAUAGCCAGCGGGUAGCGAUAUUAUUUCAAAUCGAGCAUUCCACUCAACUUUGUCCACGGCCUAUGAGAAAGGUCAUGCCACGCGGCAUGUUUUGGCAGCACAUGACCCUUCGUCGUUGCUUCACAUCAUGGAAAUCGUACUUUCGAUGGAGUUGCUGGGUUAGACAUUACAUUGAUCGUCCAUACACCCGAUGGCUUGUCACUCAAGCCUUACUUUGCUGGAAACGCAAGAUCACACGGAUCCAAUUCACGCGCCUCAGUCUUUGUCGAAGUCGGCAUUGGGCCAACCAACGGCUGCUUCACCGCGCGUGCCACUCAUGGCAUCAAUCCUGUCGACAGAGUCGCUCAGUCGCCGCAGCUUUAUAUUGGUUUCGUUGCAACCAUCAUCGUCGCUUGAUGCACAAGUGGUAUUGCGGAUGGGCUUUUGAAACGCGACGGAUUCGACUGGUUCGGUUGUGGCAGUCCACUAAAGCGUUUGCAGUCGUUCAACAAACGUGGCAACGGUGGCGACUCUUUCUGUACCUUUGUCUAAACAAAUACACCGCCGAUCGAGUGUGCUACCACCAACGAAGUCGGCGUACGUUUUCUCGGUGGAAGCUACUACCAACUGUCCAACGAGUCUCCAGAACCAAGGCCACAGAAGUCGCACGAUGUCGAUUAUCGUCGACUUUUGCUGCGUGGAAGUCAAGGCUGGACCAGAUUCAAUCAUACCGAAUUGCUGCACUCAACCGACAUGUUUACGACCACCAGAGCUUGCUCCAACAACGGUGCUUGUUCCUGUGGGCCUUGGAGACUCGUCGUCGAUUGGACAAAUGGCGCCAUUGGAGUCAAGCCAAAUGUCUUUGCCGAGCGUUCCGACGAUGGACGAGCCGCCACGCCCAUGAGGCCCAACGCACACGCGCAGCGUCGGAUCUCGCGGCUUUGGCGUAUCGUCUUAUGAUGUCGCGGCGCUGGUUUCGAGUGUGGCAAUCUCGACAGUACAUGCGAUCCAAGCGACGUCGUGCUACGGAUUAUUGCGUCCACAAGUUGAAGGUGACAACAUGGGCAAUGUGGACGAGCUAUCGAAAACGCAUCGACGAUCAACUUGGUGUGGUGCUGGCAGUAUCCAAGGCUCGCCAAAUGCACAUGACCAAGUGUUUGAAGCUCCUGCCUAAACAAACUUUGCAUGCUGUGGGCAUGCUGGUUCCACGCUAUGGCAUGGCAGUAACGUUGGCUCGAUGGAAAGCGUUUCAAACGUCGAGGCGCGCUCAACGCCAUGUUCAACGCAGUGUAAGUGGCCCAACCAUAACGUAGCAACUGCUGCGUGGAAAAUGCCGACAUUCCAGCGCGUAGUGUUUCAGACAGUGGAAAUACCAUUAUCUCACCGCAAAGUGCACCACCAUGGCGACACCACGCAACAAAGGCGCCCAUCCCAAUGCAACGAUCCGUGCGACUCCCUUCAUUCGUCCACGACUGCCAUGGCGUGGUUGACUCGACCCGAGUCAACCUGACCAUAUUAACAAGGGCAUAUGUGGGAGGGAAAUCACUGCGAUCCCAAGUUGGCCGUAUAUUAUGUCCACUCUAUUCGCUUCAAAGCCAUGUUCUAUGAAGAUCUUACGGACAAAGUUGCCAGUGAACAACAAGUAACCGUACGUGUCGACAAUAUUCGUCGCAUAUAGUGAAGGCUGAACAAUAUUUAUUUAUUUUUCAUAUAUAUAUACUGGUCUUGGUUAACGUCAUAUCAAUGGGGCAGCGACUACGUUUU